AUGAUCCUUUACGUUGUGAUUGUUGGCCUGUUUAUCCUAUUUCCCCUGUAUAUUUACUUAAUCGAAUCACGUAAAGGCUGCUUGGAAAUCUCCACCGCUCAAUGUGCAUAUAAUCGCGCUCAAUACGGUGCUGCUCUCAAUUGGGAUGAACACUGCUUCUAUAUCAACGGCCAUCCAUUACUCAUCAUAUCGUGUGAUUUCUUCUAUUGGAGAAUACCCGAUCAGAGCAGAUGGGAAAGUAUAUUGAAAAAAUACAAGUCAAACGGAUUCAAUUGCGUGAGAAUAUGCUUUCACUGGGGAUUCCAUUCUCCGGACGAAGGAAAAUACUACUUUGAACGGAAUAGGGAUAUCGAGUAUUUGUUGAGAUUAUGUGAGAAAAUAAAACUAUUUGUUCUUGCGGCUCCGGGGCCAUAUAUAUGUUCCGAGACUCAGGCGGGAGGGUACCCCUUCUGGUUACUUGAUAAGAAUUUACGAGUGCGGCAUAUGGAUUUCACCGGAUAUAAAAAAUACGACGAGCGAUUCGCUGCAUAUGAGAGAGAGUGGUUUGAGGUUUUACUCCCUAUUAUUGCCAAACAUCAGAUUACUACCAAACCAGACGGUUGCGUGAUCGGUAUGCAGAUUGAGAACAAGUUGAUUGAGAGCAAGUGUGGGAUUCCAUUUGGUCUGCAUGAUGAAAUAAGAUUCUUGUGCAAAGUGGCUAGAGAUUGUGGGAUCAAUGUACCACUGUUCAAUAACGAUCCAGCGGAACUAGGAAGUUUCAUUGCGAGAGCUGACGAAGAAGAGAAUUUCUUUGCCAGAACUUUUGGAAAGUUGUUUGGAAGCAGGAAGAAAUUCGGAUUAGAUCUGUACGGAUUUAGUAAAUAUGUUGUACCUGUACCUCCUACCGGCAAGGAGCAAUCGUCAUUAAUGUGGAAACCAUGGAAGCCGCAAUUGUUUAUGAAUGGCGUUGAUGGCAUUGAACGUAAAGUGCGGGGCUUUGGUGGCGAGGCUGCAAGAUCUCCAAUAUUCAUUCCCGAAUUACAAGGAGGAUGGUCCAACCAUUACAAAACUAGCUAUACAUUUGAUGAUAUGUUUGGAUAUUUCGGUGAUUUCUACACCAAACUAUUAUUCGAAUCAGUUCUUGCUCAAGGAUGUACUAUGACAUCGAUACAUACAGCAUAUGGAGGCACGAACUGGGGAACAAUUGGAGACACUGAUGCGUACACGUCAAAUGAUUAUUCAGCAUGUAUCAGAGAAUAUGGCUAUACAUCAUCUCGUAUGAGAGACCUUCGCCAAUCUAUAUUAUUUGCCAAGAGUUUUUCGGACAUACUCAUCAAGACAGAACGCGUCGAACAUCCGACAGUUUCGUCACCAAUUGAACAGAUUGUAAACCUGCAGAGACAUUCAGUAAUUACGGAAAACCAUGGCGAGCAGGUGACACUCACAUUCAUCAGAAAUUUCAGUAAAGAGAAACAAGCCGUCUUUCAAAUCAAUGUCGACUACCAAGCAUCUUCGAAGAUGCUUCAUAAAAUCCAACUUCAAUGCUUUUUACCGUAUAAGCUGUCUUUCAUAGCUUUGGGUAAUUACACAACACUCAACGGGCUCAAGCUGGUAUUUUCGACAUUGCCAAUAUACCUGCGCACGACACUUCCUGCAAGUGAAACAACCCCGGCCCGUGAAAUAUGGAUUGUACCAGUGAAUAAUACUGGCGAGCUCGCUUUUGAAGGCGAUGUUGUCGUGGAGAGUAAUAUGAGUCCGUCAACCAGGAAUUGUGAUAAAGUGGUUAAUGCUGUAUCAUUUGACGGAAGUCCUGGAUACGCCAAGAUUAGGAAAUUGGGAGAGGCUGUCGAUAAUUGUUUGUAUGUACUAGCAUUAGAUCGCGCUGCUUUGGGAACAUUGCACGGAUUUUUUGAUGAGUCAUAUUGGGGACAAGGGCAACGCAAAACACAAGAAGAGGAUGUGAUUGCGACUAAGCAAGAAGCACAAGUGACAAGCGAGGGACAGCGACAACGACAGGAGCAGGAACAAUUGCAAAGUAACAUAUCCUUACGUUCUCCGGUAUACGUGGUAUGGGGUACACAGCAAGUAUACUACAAUUCUCAAUCAAAAACGCUAGAGGUUUCUUAUGGCGAAGAUGAAACGGAGCUCACUAUCAUCUCGCUAAAGCCUCCAUCCAACUCUUCAAUUCCCAAUGCAUCAUACCCACUUCCAUUUGUCUACACAGUACAACUAACUCCUCAUCAUGUAACGUCGACUCUCGACUUGACGCCUCAACUUCGCUCUUGGCAAAAACGAGUGUCUGAUUUGGCUAAUCUAAGUUGGCGGCCAACCAGUCUUAAACAAUCGCCGCUGGAACAUGGUCUUAUAGCUGGACAUGUAUUAUAUAAAACUUGCUUUCCAGCCGAGUACAGUUCGUUAAAAUCAGCAGUCAAGCUCUCAAUAAAUGUGAGACAUAGGUGCAGCAUAUUUCUCAAUGACCAAUUUGUUGGUGGACAUACAGUUUAUUCGAAAAGUUUUCGUGCGCCUGGAUGUAAGAAUGGACCUGAACUGUUUACUAGCUUUGGAAAGAAAAAAUAUGAUCUGACACAAUUUCUCAAACUACCCAAGAGCGAGGAAGCUAACGUACUGAUUAUAGUAGUAGAGAACUUGGGAAUCAAUCGACAGAUGGAUAUGUUUAAUGAUGUUCGAAACCCACGCGGGCUUAUUUCUGCUUCGUUCAGCGGUCUUAAGAGUAGCAACAAUCCACAAUGGAGUAUUUGUGGGGUUGAUUCAAGAAGGCUAGAUUGUCCAUUUAUCACCAGCGGCAUUCCGGAUGAGCAUAAGCGUACUGGUUGGAUAUCGUUACCCUCUCUACCUGAAAGUGGAAUAAACCCAUCAGAUGGUUUAAGUUGGUGGAAAUUUAGUUUUUCGCAUCCCGUUUCCUCCAAGCUGCGUUCAGAACUCUCAGCUCCUCUACGAUUAGUACUUUAUGGAUCAUUUACUUCAUAUAUAUUUCUCAAUGGUACUCUUAUCGGUAGGUAUUAUGGAAAUGGAGAUUCGUCUCAACAUGAUUUCUACUUGAUGGACGGAUUGUUGAAACACGAUGAGGAUAACACAAUUGUGUUGUUGGUGUAUAGUUGGGAGAUGGUGGUAUCGCCCGAUUUGAAGGUUCAAGUUAGAGGGUGGGAGAUUGAUGAUACGAACAAAAGUGGGAACGUGGUUAGAUUGAGACGAGGAACAGAAGAUGUGGAGAGUGCUAGGAACGGUUGGGUUGUAUGGAAAACAAAUAUCAAUUUGUGA